AAAUAUUUUGUAGAUUUCUCUCUUACUAGGAUUUCAGAACUGAUGUUUGGAGCAUCAGUACCAGAAAAGCCUAUAAUUAAUAUUAAAGUUAUAGAAAAAACUGGUAGAAGAAAUCUACCUAUUUUGCAAGAAGAGGAAACGUUUAGAAUUUUUGAAAACCCUGAUUUGGUAAAACCAGUAGUGACUAUCGUAGAUGGAAAGAAACUAACAACAGAAUUUGUUUUACUCGAACUAGCAGCUAUUGAAAGGAAAGUUAAUGCAGAGAUUGAAUCAGAAAGUUGUACACCGAUAAUCAACAAGCUAGUCUUGACCACGAGGGAAUUAAUGCUGAAUGUUAUAAUGGUUCUACAAACGAUUUUCGAUGCCAUGAAAAAUGAUGACAUUCGGGACAUGAAUGAUUUAUAUUUUUCUAAAAUUUAUAAAGAUCACAAUAUUUGCAUCAAGUCCGAAUGUGAGGCAGAUGCUUGGCAUAAAGGAGAGCGUGGUAUUGAGGCAAGAAGAUUACUAGGUGCACUUUCGCAUAUCAGCUGGGAAUCAUCAUAUUUGAGCAGUUAUUUGGCAGGAAAGUCCCCAUUACACACGCGUAAUGAUGAAUGUUACAAUCGUUACUUACCACAAAUGAUACAUUAUAACGCAUGGCCAAAGAAAAACCAUGAUUUCGAAAUGCUUGAAAUAAUAAAGGAAUGUGUCACUUUAAUAGGGCUUGUUAGAAGAUCUCAUCAGUUUACAGGUCUUAUAAGAGCUAUUAUGAAAGUAUUGUGUAAUGUACAAGAGAAAGUGGGUUACUGUGAAAAAGGGUUGGAAUAUGUUUGCCUAAUAUUCAAAGAACUGGUUUUCUCGAGACCACUGUCUCUUUGUUAUGCACUAUUAACUCAUUUCGUAAUGGUUUUUAGUAAAUGCGUUGUAUUCAUUCCAAAACUCUGUAGGGGUUCACGUAAGUAUAAACUAUGUAUGAGAAAAGAAGUUUUUUUAGUACUAAUUAUUGUUAUUUUAACAGAAUCAAUAGCAAUAAAGAACUGGAAAGGAUUUUUACAUUUUACACCAGAUGCUUGUGUUUUACAAAUUCUUAUAAUCCAAAUGGAACAUUUUCAUCCGGACUUUCUCACUACUUUAAAUAUGACACAUGCGUUAAUAUCUUCUAUACGAUAUAUACUACAGAACAAUAAUCUAUUGAGAGCCGAAAGUUUAGAAUCGUGCAACUGUUAUAAGAAACUAUUGCAAUUUACAAUUAAUAUGCUGGGAAAAUGCUGUGAAACCAGAUCAAUUGUAAUUGAUAACGUCAAGUGGCAAAAUUCGCUUUACAUUUCCAAGUGUUAUGCUUUGAAAAAAAUUAAUUAUAAAGAUUAUGUAUGUCAAUUAAAAUAUAAUGUACCAAAUACGGAAAAAUAUUCAGUAGAAACAUACCCGGAGAAGUUAGAUCAGAAUUUUUGGUAUAGCGUCAGGAAAACCCAACACCAAGUGUUGAGAGAAGGCAUCAGAUUUUUAUGUCAUCUCAUGAUUUGCGAUCCCUACUUUGUUACUCAAUCACCUGACAUUGAAGAUUCGUUUCAUUUAUUUAUAAGAAAUAUUACUUUCUUCAACGAUUUAAUACUUCAUGAGAACGAACGAGAAACAUUGGAACGAAUAAAAUCUACAUAUAUUGUUGAUAAAGGUAUACAAAAUGAGAUCGAAGCGCAACAUAAAAAUACAUGUGUCACUCAGUUGAGUAUGGCCAAUUUUAAAAAAAAAGUUAUUCCUGCAGUAAGAAAUUAUUCUGGAAUGACAGAGAAUUUUGAUAGAAUACACAUGGCUAUUAAAGCGUUAUAUAAUUUUAAAGUAGAAUUUAAGGAUAAUUAAAUGUAUCACAUUCUGGAGAUUUGUUUCUUAAUGUUUAUAUGUACAAUUCUUUGUAAACUUUUUGUGAGGUAUAAAGAAAAAAAAUAUAUAAAGACAAGAAAUCGUAUAAUUCA